AUGGUCGGGGGAGGAGGCAGCAACCUGCGCACUGCCAAUCACGGGCAUCCUCGUCGCCCUUCAGGCCGAAUACGAGGUCCAGAUGAGCUCCGUUUGCCCAUGUUGACUCUCUCAGCAUUAGGUGCACAGUCCAUCUGGUCGCUCGAAAUGGCAUUCGCCUCGCCCUACCUCAUUUCGCUGGGUCUCAGCGCAGCGAGUAUGGCACUAGUCUUCUUAGCAGGUCCAACAUCCGGUUUGAUAGUCCAGCCUCUGAUGGGAAUGAUCUCGGACCGAAGUUAUCAUCCUUGGGGAAGGAGAAGAGCUUUCAUCCUAGCUGGAGUGAUUGGUACCACUGCUAGUGUUGUUGGAUUGGCUUGGGCUAGAAGCAUUUCUGACUUGUUAGGAAUGGGCUUGACAGCUACGAAGCUCAUCGCGGUGCUUUGCAUCUUUGGUAUCGAUGUGGGGGUGAAUGCGCGUGAGUUUGUCUGGCCAGCGCUUCCGUCGUGGCUCGAGUGUCUUACACUUGCUUGGCAUACAUUCUCAGUGAAUGCUCUGGACCGCGCCUUAGUGCUCGACCUCGUGCCUGCUGCCUCUCAAUCAUUAGCUCAUGCCUGGAUGGCCAGGCUGGCAGGCACAGGCUCGGUCAUGGGCUUCUUGAUAGGUCAAGCUCGUCUCGAGGAUGUGUGGCCUUUCAGCAUCAUUGCUGGGUCGACGAGUCAGUCUUCAGGCCAGGAGGUCGAUGCGGAGGUGGGCAAAAUGGAAGCACAGCUCCGCGCAGUUGCGGCCCUGACCAUACUCAUAAGCGUCGCAACACACGCUGGAACGGCAUGGGCGGCUGAUGAGGAGCCUUUGCGCCGCGAGUCAGCUUCUGAAACUUACGCACAGCAUUCACGCAAAGGUCUGCAUGCUAUCAAGGAGCACGUAAGCGAGCUGCGCGAGACUGCUUUCUCCCUUUCGAGGCCCAUUCUCGACAUCUUUGUAGUGCAGUGUGAGUAGCAGCAUGCAUGGAUGCCAAUAUUGCAUCAGACUGAUCACGCUUCGGACUCCAUAGUCUGGGCAUGGAUAGCUUGGUUUCCCUUCCUCUUUUACAUGUCCCUCUAUCUGUCCAACCUGUCUAUCAUUGCCGGCUCAGCUCUGACAGCUUCGACUCGAUUCGCCUCACUAGUCAUGGCUGCACACGCGACGCUCUCGCUCCUAGUCGCCAUCUUUGUGCCGCCCGUGUUGCAGCGAAAUGCGCCCAACGCGCUUCCAACUCUUUGGGCUAGCAGUCUGGGGCUAUUGAGCAUUUGUUUGCUCGCCACACUUCCUGCUGCUAUCUUUGCCAAAGGUUUCUCCUCCACCGUCCUCGCUUGGUUCCUUGUCGUCACUGCCGGCGCGGCAUGGGCGUUGACGCAUUGGGCUCCCUUUGCCAUUGUGAGUGGAGCAAGUUCAGGCGAACAAGACACUGGAAGCGAUACUCAUUCAGAUCGAAAACCUUCAUUGCAGCUUGGCGUGCUCAUACAGAAAGAGAGCGCGGCUCCACUGGCAGGCGAAAGCGUUGCACUCGCCCGGGUUCAAGGCAGAACCUCCGUCAAUGCGGGAAGGCGUUCAAGACAUGCCGUAGGUAUUGAGCAAGAGCAAGAAGAAGCCGAGGGUCUACUUUUCAGAGACCCCAACACAGAUGUCGCAGAGGAUGAAGGGGCCGGGACUCCAAGGGAAGGGCACGGUGGUAGAGCGGAGAGGACGGAAGCAGAUCGAGUACGGCAACAAGGAGACGUCUCGAGAAGCGCGGGAGCAGGCAGAGCUUCCCACUCAGAGUCUGAUGAGGACGAAGAUCCAGAGGGUGUCUUGAGCUUUGCUCCCGAGGCUGUGCCCCACGUGGAUGUCAGCCCGGACAGGGCAGGAACUGUCUUGGGUCUGCACAAUGUAAGUGAGGCUGAUGGUGCGGACGAUAUGAGAGAGAGAGAUUGCUUUGCUGACGGCACUCUCCGGGACAUCCUCCAGGUCGCGAUUGUGCUACCGCAAUUUAUCGUCACGCUCGUAUCGACGCUGAGUGAGAUGGGCGUGACUCGAGCUGUGCUAGCUCCACCAUCGCUGACGCUGGCACGCCUCAAAUGCCGACGGCAGUCUUUGCCGUACUGGAGCCGGGUCAAUCCGCUUUACCCCGUGGUCAUGCAGCAACAAAUCAGGCACACGGCUCAAGUCAAGGCGCAGCGUCUCUCGCCGGAACUUCAGCCGAGGCUAGCGACUUGAAGUCCAAGCAUGGACUGGCGGGACUCGUUUGCAUUUUUCUCAUUGGUUCGCUGUCCUCUGCCGUCGCUUGCUUGCUGGCUCUCCGGGCUGCACGAAGGCAUGCUUCAGUCUUUUCUACAUCCUAG